GCCAGGCGGAGCAGCAGAACCCCGGGAGUCCGAGCUCCAGCCCCCGCCCGGGGCCGCCUCGGCUGCAGCUGAUGCCAGAACCCGAGGCCACUGCGCUGGCCGGUCCAGUCUUGCUCCAGUGCCUGCUCGGUGAACGACCUCCCAGGAGUCCGGCUUGAGCCGCGGCGGCGCGGCAGGUAUUCUGCCUCCCCCUGGGGCAGCGGCCACCAUGUUCUCCUGCGUGAAGCCUUAUGAAGAUCAGAACUACUCGUCUCUGAAGCGGGCCUGUCUGCGGAAGAAGGUGCUCUUUGAGGACUCCCACUUUCCCGCUACUGAUGACUCGCUCUACUACAAGGGCAGCCCAGGGCCCACUGUCCGGUGGAAGCGGCCCAAGGACAUCUGCGAGGACCCCCGCCUCUUUGUGGAUGGCAUCAGCUCCCACGAUCUGCACCAGGGACAGGUGGGCAACUGCUGGUUUGUGGCAGCCUGCUCUUCACUCGCCUCCCGUGAGUCGCUGUGGCAGAAGGUCAUCCCAGACUGGAAGGAGCAGGAGUGGGACCCUGAGAAGCCCGACGCCUACGCCGGCAUCUUCCAUUUCCACUUCUGGCGCUUUGGGGAGUGGGUGGACGUGGUCAUUGAUGACCGGCUGCCCACAGUCAACAACCAGCUCAUCUACUGCCACUCCAAUUCCCGCAAUGAGUUCUGGUGCGCUCUGGUGGAGAAGGCCUAUGCCAAGCUGGCGGGCUGUUACCAGGCCCUGGAUGGAGGCAACACAGCGGAUGCACUGGUGGACUUCACGGGCGGCGUUUCUGAGCCCAUCGACCUGACUGAGGGGGACUUCGCCAAUGACGAGGCCAAGAGGAACCAGCUCUUUGAGCGUGUGUUGAAGGUGCACAGCCGGGGAGGCCUCAUCAGUGCCUCCAUCAAGGCUGUUACAGCAGCUGACAUGGAGGCACGCCUGGCGUGCGGCUUGGUGAAGGGUCAUGCUUAUGCUGUCACCGACGUACGCAAGGUGCGCCUGGGCCAUGGCCUGCUGGCCUUUUUCAAGUCAGAGAAGCUGGACAUGAUCCGCCUACGCAACCCCUGGGGCGAGCGGGAGUGGAAUGGUCCCUGGAGUGACACCUCAGAAGAAUGGCAGAAAGUGAGCAAGAGUGAGCGGGAAAAGAUGGGUGUGACCGUGCAGGACGAUGGCGAGUUCUGGAUGACCUUCGAGGACAUGUGCCGCUACUUCACCGACAUCAUCAAGUGCCGCCUGCUCAACACAUCCUACCUGAGCAUCCACAAGACGUGGGAGGAGGCCCACCUGCGCGGUGCCUGGACUCGGCACGAGGACCCUCGGCAGAACCGCAGCGGGGGCUGCAUCAACCACAAGGACACCUUCUUCCAGAACCCGCAGUACAUCUUUGAGGUCAGGAAGCCGGAAGAUGAGGUGCUGGUGUGUCUCCAGCAGCAGCCGAAGCGGUCCACCCGCCAGGAGGGCAAGGGCGAGAACCUGGCCAUUGGCUUUGACAUCUACAAGGUGGAGGAGAACCGCCAGUACCGCAUGCACAGCCUGCAGCACAAGGCCGCCAGCUCCAUCUACAUCAACUCGCGCAGCGUCUUCUUGCGCACGGACCAGCCCGAGGGCCGCUACGUCAUCAUCCCCACCACCUUUGAGCCAGGCCACACCGGCGAGUUCCUGCUCAGAGUCUUCACGGACGUGCCCUCCAACUGCCGAGAACUGCGCCAUGAUGAGCCCCCCCGCACCUGCUGGAGCUCCCUGUGUGGCUACCCCCAGCAGGUGACCCAGGUACAUGUCCUGGGGGCUGCUGGCCUCAAGGACUCCCAGACAGGGGCUAACUCUUACGUGAUCAUCAAGUGUGAAGGGGACAAAGUUCGCUCAACUGUGCAGAAAGGGACCUCCACACCUGAGUACAAUGUAAAAGGAGUCUUCUACCGCAAGAAGCCAAGCCAGCCCAUCACCGUGCAGAUCUGGAAUCACCGAGUCCUGAAGGAUGAAUUCUUGGGCCAGGUGCACCUGAAGGCUGACCCGGAUGACCUCCAGGCCCUGCACACCCUCCACCUCCGAGACCGCAGCAGCCGGCAGCCGAGCGACUUGCCAGGCACCGUGGCUGUGCACGUCCUCAGCAGUGCCUCCCUCACAGCUAUCUGAUGCCUGCCCAUCUACCGGCCCCAACAGUCUCACCACCACCUGCAUGUCCCCACCAGACUUGGGACCAGCCUGGGAGCCAGAUGCUGGGGUCCUUUUCCACUCUUUUACUGACUUGCUGUGUGACUUUGGUAGAUCUCUACCCUUCUCUGGACCUCAGUGUCCUGAGGGCCCCAAAGCAUUCCCUCCUUGUUGGGGAGUCCCCUCCCCACCCCAGCUGUCACCACUGCUAAAGGACUCUAUCCGUUGAAAACAUUUUCCCCAGGCCCUGCUGUCUGCCGAGGAGUGCCAAGAAGAUGUCACUUGUUUACACACAAACUGCCAUGUCCCCAAGCCCCAUGUUUCCUGUCCCUUGUUUCCCAGGCCCACAUCAGUCUCCCAGAAUUCACUUUUUCUGUCACUUACACUUGAUUUCCAAGCUACUUUGAAAGAGUGCUUGCUGGGCAUUUGCUGGGGUUCUGCUCAGGCUGGAAUUUGGGACAUGUGCAGGUGAUUCCUGUUCAUUCUCUAAUCCUGCCCACUCAGCCAUCCAUUUUUCCCCCCAAAAUGAAGAAGCAACGCUCACAAGUCAAAAGGUGAAGGGAACCACCCAGCCCCCACCUUGGGCCUCUGUCUUCAGGUCCCCCAGAGGCAGAUGCCCAGGCAGGCUGCAGCUACCUUCUCAUUCCAGGUUCUGAUCCACUCUCAGCCCCUGGUUUGAGGCAGUGGCCCUCGUGGGAAGUAAAGGGCACCUCCCUGAGUCCCCUGCCUGAUGUUGGAAGGAGUGAGCCCCGUUAGUGGGCCAGGCAGGCAGCGCGGCUGUGGGGACCCAGAGGGAGGCACAGGCUCCCCUUGCUGCAAGACCCCAGCUUCCCAUAGGAGAAAGGACUCCAGGGUGGGUGGUGCCAGGCCUGCUGGGGUCAGGUCACCUAUUGGGCAUGGCAGGAGACAGGUGACUCCAUUGCCUCCCCAGAAGCUCUCCACCCACAUCUUCCCCCAACAGCUAAUGGGGCCACAGUGCUCCUUUUACUGCCUGGACCAAAAUGUUCAUUUUAGUGUUCUCUGUAUUUAAAAAAAAAAAAAAAGAUCUCAGUUUUAGCCAGGGGGGUUUAAAGGAGAUUCUGGAUCCCCCUUUCUUUUGAAACCAGUUUUGCUCACCCUCUAAUUUUAUUUUGAUUCCACCUGGGCAGGGACAUGGGCGAAGUCAGGCCUUCUCAGAGGAGGUCUGCAGGAGGGUGACGAAGAGGGUGUUUGUGCUUGGGUGACUGCAGGCUGGCGCUGUGUUCUUGGAGAACUUCUGUGAAGUGCUGGUGCCGUGACCCACUCAGGGUUUCCUCUGUACCCUCCUUGGACUUCGGACCAGGCAAAGCAAAUGGAAAGUCCAGCUGGCCCCAGGACAGCAAUUCCUUUGGGAACCUGAAUUUUCUUCUCCAGAGCUCACUGUUCAGUCCAGUGUCCUGGCUGGAGGUGCUGGAUUCUCUGAUAUUGCCACCUUGCUCUGGGGCUGGCUCUGCUCCUGGGUCCUGCCCUGGAACUGAAAGACCUAGAGGACCCAGGGCUGGAACUGUGCAUGUGUCCAGGAGCAAGUCACUUAAACCUCCUGUGCCUCUGAUCUCUCCCUCUGCAAAGUGGGGCCAAUGAUUCCUAUUUGUCAGCACCCACAGUGCUAAACAAGGGCAAAGCAACCCCUCUCUCUGUGUAUCUCUGUAUGCUACACACCAUACACGUUCCUGUAAUCACCGCUUCUUGUCUAUUUCAAAUUAAGAUUCCUGAGUCAGGUAUGCCAGCUUGGGCCUCUGGGGCUGACACGUGGGUCUUUGCUCAGCCAUAGUCCCCUAGGUAUAGGGGCAAACUGGGACCAAGUGGCUGAUUUGUGUAGGUUUCAGCCUGGGGGCUGAUCCUAGCCUCCCACCUACAGCAGAACUGGAACAGCAGCUCCUUCCCUUGAGGUGGGCCAGGCUGGUUCCUGGCUGUGCAGGGAUCUCUGAUCCCCAGGAAGGUGUGGGGUCCAAACAGGUGAGAAUAGAUGGUGGAUCAGGGAGAGCAAUUCACCUGUGCGCCCAGGAGGGCCUCAAGUCGGCAUUCACAGAUGGGCAGGGCCUCCAGCCCACACCAGCCAGACCUGGGCUUCAGUCCUUCUGGGGCCCACUGCCAGGCUGAGGGAGAGGAGGCCUGUUCUGUUCUCAGAAUAAAUGUUUCUGCAAUCCAGAAA